AUGGCUGAAGAUAGGAAAGGGGUUGAAGGAACCGAUGAGGCGCAUCUGAAACCGGUAUCAUCUCUGUUGUCUCAUUUCGAACAUCUUUCAUAUUCUAGGAAUAAAUCACCUACGGCCGGAUCGAAUGACGAACGGACCCCCCGCCAAAGAUUCGAUCAUUUGGAUGAUACACAACCAAUAGUUCGUGCAUCUCUGGACUUACCACGCCCUCAUCUACCCUGGGCGGUCAGCGGUGGCUCGGAAAAUGGACCGGUAUCUGCCAUCGAUAGAACAUCAAACCCUCCUUGGGCGGAUUCGAAGAGAGAAAGGUCCCCUGGCUCUCGUCGGUUUGGACGGCCCCUGUCGAUGACCUUCCGUAAUGCGCCGCAGAUAACACCAAGCUUGACUGUUGAAUCCCCUCGUUCUCCUCCUCGUGGAGUCAAUGGGCACAGUGGCGGACAAUGGCCUUCUUUCAAUCGAGGAAACUCCGACCUUACUCCCAUGACGAAACCAGGGGCGCGAAGUCCACCAGGUCCAAUACGCCCAAGGGAUCCCGCAUCUCCCUGCGCAAGAUCAGUCGGCGCUCCUCGAGUAUCACGAGAGCCUUCACCCACUGGUUCUGUAAAGAGUUCUUCUGUUCCUCCCCCGGUCAAUAGAGCAGAGAAGCCGAAGAUUCCGGCCAAGCCGGCGAACAUCUCCCACCUAGAUGUUCGCGCACUUACCCCUACCCAGGAACCAACCCAUCCUACAACAGCCCAAAUCUCGCCGUUCAGUACACCUCCAAGUAGUCCUGAAAAGCUCCAAACCAAGGCAGAUCCCCCACCACGCAAAUCACCCCUUAUUUCAAGAUCACAGUCGACAACUCCUGAGCCAUUUUCUUUGCCGCCUCCCGUUGACAGAAGCACCCGCCCAAAUCUAACCACAAUUCAGUCCACCGAUACUAGAAGCCGGCCACCUGCAGUUACUUCACAUCCAGCCGACACAAGAGAGUUUGGCUUCACAAGGCGGAACACUGGCAUUUCACCUUCGAAGCAUUCGAGAUCAGCUAGUCAAAUAGUUUCACCCGUGCGUGAUUCUAGAUUACCCGAGCCAGUAGCUUCGAAAAAGUUGUCCAACAAUGAUCGGCCCGAGUUGCGUCCUAGUCUUCCUCCUCGCGAUGGUCCUUCAGGCCGGCCGCCGCCCCGUAGUGUCGGACCAAAUGAGUCCAGGAAUCCCGACUUACCGACUAGAGCAUCAGUUGAUUUGCCAUCGCGGUCCCCCAGGAUACCUACUCCAAGUCGCCUUCCGACAUUGGAGAUGAAUACACAAUUUGCCCCUCCGCCUCGUAGGCAAACUGCCGCCGUUGGUGGCAAGCUUGUCCCUGAUACGCCUCAAACACCAAAAAUUCGCCAGUCCCACUCGCAAUUUGCAAAUAACGACACGUCUAAGCCGACAUCGAGAAGCGACUCGAGAGACUCAGAAGACGAAGCGUACCCAGAAGAAGCCCCAGUGUCUAGAACAGACUAUCCUGAUUCUUCCCAAGUUAACCGUCGUCCUCCGGUUUUCAAAACGGGUCCCCUUACGAUUCCAACUCGAUAUGACACACGUGAGUUUGACGUGUGCGGUAAACAUGUAUGUACAACCGGCUAUUUGACGCGUGUUUGGGAUCUCACCACUGGUGAGCAAAUCAUGAGUAUCAGUCAUGGAGAAACCGUCAAAGCUCACACGGUCGCCUUUAAGCCUGGAACUGGGCUGGAAGAUGAAGGAACUCGUCUGUGGGUCGGUACCAGCGUUGGAGAAAUCCAUGAAAUAGAUAUCAGUACGCAGUCAAUUGUCACAUCACGAUCCUACCCAUCGAGACGUGAAGUCAUCAAGAUCUAUCGCCACAAGAAAGAAAUGUGGACCUUGGAUGAUGAAGGGAAACUACUAGUGUGGCCGCCAGACGAGACCGGUACACCAAAUCUCCAAUACAGCUAUGACAACCCCGAGGACCGCGUGGCAAAAGGUCACACAUUCUCUAUGGUAGUUGGAGAUGAUCUGUGGCUUGCUACUGGCAAAGAAGUUCGAGUUUACCGUCCCAGUGCUCAUGGGGACACAUUCCAUGUGUUGAAAAAGCCAUUAGGAACCAACCACAGUGGCGAAGUCACGUCAGGGACGCAUACGACAAAGGACGGCGGCCGAGUCUAUCUGGGUCAUGCAGAUGGAAAGGUUACUGUAUAUUCUUCGACUGACUUUUCCUGCAUCGCAUCCGUAAAUGUUAGUGUCUACAAGAUCAACUCACUGGCAAUUGUUGGAGACUACUUAUGGGCUGCAUACAAAACGGGAAUGGUAUACGUGUACGACGUUUCGACCAACCCAUGGACUGUGAAGAAAGACUGGCAUGCUCAUGAAAGCCCCGUAUGCGGACUUGUGCUCGAUCCGAGCUCGUUAUGGACAAUGAAUCGUCUUCAAGUCGUUUCACUUGGGACGGACAAUUAUCUACGCUUGUGGGAUGGCAUGUUGGAAGAUGACUGGUUGGAAACGCGGAUGCAAAGCAGAGAUGUCGAAUAUUGCAAUUUCAGGGAGAUACGAGCGACAAUUGUGACUUGGAACGCUGGGGCCUCUAUGCCCCGCGACUUGCAUGGCAAUCCCUUUAUUGAGAACGUUAUUCACGCAGAGCAGCCUCCGGAGUUAUUAGUCUUUGGGUUUCAAGAAUUGGUUGAUUUAGAGGACAAGAAGAUCACUGCCAAGAGUUUACUUCUAGGGAGCAAGAAACGCGAGCACAAUGAAAAAGAGCAUAUGAGCCGACAGUACCGGGUGUGGCGAGAUCAUUUGGCGGCUUGCAUCAAUAAUGUAAUGCCGCUUGAAGAACCAUACGUUCUUCUCCAUACGUCUAACCUCAUUGGCUUGUUUACUUGUGUUUUUAUCAAGCAGAAGGAGCGAGACAGAGUCCGCAACAUCAGUGCCGCCGAAGUCAAGCGUGGGAUGGGCGGUCUGCAUGGCAACAAGGGAGCACUAAUAUUGCGAUUUGUGCUCGAUGACAGCUCAAUGUGCUUUAUCAAUUGCCAUUUGGCUGCCGGUCAAUCACAUACAGCUCACCGAAAUAACGACAUUGCAGCAAUUCUCGAAACAGAAUCUUUGCCGGCCGAACAUAGCCUCAGUACGCGUACCGACCUUUUCGUGAAUGGUGGUGAUGGGUCAAUGAUUCUCGAUCAUGAGAUAUGUAUCCUCAAUGGUGAUCUCAAUUAUCGAAUUGAUUCGAUGUCUCGCAACGUUGUUAUUGAAGCGGUACGACAGAAUAACCUACCCAAGUUGCUAGAUAGAGAUCAAUUACUUGCGUCUAAACGAAAGAACCCGAGCUUCCGUCUGCGCACAUUUACUGAAGCACCGAUUACAUUCGCACCUACCUAUAAGUAUGAUGUCAACUCGGACGAAUAUGACACGAGUGACAAGAAGCGAUCCCCAGCCUGGUGCGAUAGAAUUUUGUACCGUGGAGUGGGUAAGGUCAAGCAGACCGAAUACCGACGCCAUGAAGUGCGAGCAUCGGAUCAUCGACCAGUUAGUGCGUCUUUUAAGAUGCGUGUGAAAAGCAUUCUAGCCAAGGAACGGGCAGUUGUGUGGGAUGCGUGUCAGAAAGAGUUUACAAAGGAGAAGAGGAGACUGGCCUGCGAAUCUAGUAUUGAGUAUUUAGUCAAUAUCUUUGGCAUGGAGCGAGAACAGGCUCGAAAAGUGAUUACAUCUGGCGGAUCGUCAAAGCCAAAGACGUAA